AUGGCUGAUGCUGAUGCUGGGCCAUCAAAACCACCAGUUUCGAAGACUCCUAAAGCAACAUACACUUAUGGCAACAAGGAGCUAGACGCUCCAGCCUACGCGGAAGCCCUGAAGAGUGCAAAAGCAAGAGGCAGUGCUUCCUGGUGGUCGUUUUUCACCGUGAUCUUGACAGAAAGAGUCAUGAAGCUGAAGUGCACCAUUUGCGGCGAGGUGCUGGGUGCCAAAAAUCCGUCUGCAACAGCUCCCAACCAUCUUAAGAAGCACAACAAGGCAGCAGACAAGGCCCGCAACCGGCUGGGCAAGGAGCGUGCAGAGAAGCUGAUUUACAUCCGGCAGAACCGGAAGGCCUUGCAGAUGGAGCGGGGUGGGAAGGAUGAGGAGGUGCUGAUGCAGCUGCUGGAGGGGCUGGACGUGCAGGGGGAGUGA